AUGAAAAAAAGUGAAAGCAAAAGAAAGGAUCCGAGGCCAAAGUUGUCUGAGUCAGUGGAAGUCGCAGAGGAAGGUGAUGGUAUAAUGAGAAGGGAAGGGAUCCAUGGAGAUAUCCAAGAAGAAGAGAAGACAUGGAGAAGGAGGAGGAGAAGUAAGAGAAGGAUUCCUACGAUGAAUGUUCCGGUUUGUAAGAUUGGUACUAUAUAAUCCUCUAAUAGCAAGAUAAGGUAUGAGCCGCAGAGGAACCAUCCGAAGAUUACGACGAGCACAAGUGGAACUACUGGCGACGGCCCUUUGCUCUCCAUGUUCUAUCUAUCGACCUUUAGCCCUUGGCUUAAGGAUCUCUACAUGCAUUUCAUUACUUUUAUAUUCGUACGUGACAAAGUCAAGUUCAUCUUUGAUGAAUUUUUUUUUAAUAUACAUGAUUUGUUUGGAUGCAUGAGGUUAGAUAA